GAGAGGGAAGAGGAGGAGAAGGAAGUGGAGGAGAGGGAAGAGGAGGAGAAGGAAGUGGAGGAGAGGGAAGAGGAGGAGAGGGAAGAAGAGGAGAGGGAAGAAGAGGAGAGGGAAGAGGAGGAGAGGGAAGAGGAGGAGAAGGAAGAGGAAGAGAGGGAAGAGGAAGAGAGGGAAGAGGAAGUGAGGGAAGAGGAGGAGAGGGAAGAGGAAGAGAGGGAAGAGGAGGAGAGGGAAGAAGAGGAGAGGGAAGAAGAGGAGAGGGAAGAGGAGGAGAGGGAAGAGGAGGAGAAGGAAGAGGAAGAGAGGGAAGAGGAAGAGAGGGAAGAGGAAGAGAGGGAAGAGGAGGAGAGGGAAGAGGAAGAGAGGGAAGAGGAGGAGAGGGAAGAGGAAGAGAGGGAAGAGGAAGAGAGGGAAGAGGAAGAGAGGGAAGAGGAGGAGAGGGAAGAGGAGGAGAGGGAAGAGGAAGAGAGGGAAGAGGAGGAGAGGGAAGAGGAAGAGAGGGAAGAGGAAGAGAGGGAAGAGGAGGAGAGGGAAGAGGAAGAGAGGGAAGAGGAAGAGAGGGAAGAGGAGGAGAGGGAAGAGGAAGAGAGGGUAGAGGAAGAGAGGGAAGAGGAAGAGAGGGAAGAGGAAGAGAGGGAAGAGGAGGAGAGGGAAGAG